UCAUCUGCGCAUGCGUAACCGGAAAUCACGUUUUCUCACGCAAUUUCUCACAAGAAAAGACAAGAUGGCUUAUUCAAUGUCUGUAGCCGAAGCAAAAGCAUUCUUAAGAAAAGUCAGAGAGGACCAGAUACGCUGCAGCAAAAAGAUUGUGGACAUAUGGGAAGAGGUUCUUGUGAAAAACAGCUUCAGUUUGGGAGAGGAAGUGUGGCUAGUAUAUGAGCAGGUGUGCCUGGCUGCUUUGGACUGUGCGCAGCUGGAUAUUGCUGAGGGAUGCUAUCAGGCAUUAAAGGCACAGUUUCCAAAUAGUUUGAGAGUGAGGAAGUUAGAAGGAAUGAUUUUAGAAGCAGAAGAAGAGUAUGAUAGAGCAAUGGCAAUAUAUGAAGACAUUUUAGAAAAGGAUGAAACAAAUGCAAUUGCCACAAAGAGGAUCAUAGCAAUACUAAAAGCACAGAACAAGAUACAAGACGCAGUUGAAAAACUAAACAAAUACCUAAAGGAGCAUAGUUUGGACACAGAGGCAUGGCUGGAACUGUGUGACAUGUAUCUCCAUGAACUGGACUACAACAAGGCAGCCUUCUGUAUAGAAGAGUGCAUCCUUAGCAAUCCACACAACCACUUGUAUCAUCAGAAACUGGGAGAGAUAAAAUACAGUCAGUGUGAAUACCAGGAAGCAAGAAGUUACUUUGCACAUGCUGCCAAGCUCAACCCCAAUAACAUGAGGGCAUUGUUUGGGCUACAUCUAUCAGCCACCAACUUAGUCAGCAGUCAAAAAGGCACACAGAAGACGGAGAACGCCAGACACGCGGCGUGGGCGGCCAAACAAAUAAAGGACAGGUACAAGACACAACUGGGCAAGAAUCGAAGUGGAGAUGUAAAGAUUGUAGAAGAUAUGCUAGAGGCAUUGAAAAUGUCUUCAUCAUAAAUCAGAUACAGCUGGUGGGAAGUCCUGAAACAUGAAUCACUGAAAACUGGGACAGUAAUUUCUGGAGUCAGUGAAAAUAUCCUCAUCGUACAUAGAGAAAGUCAUUUCUGGAGUCAUUGUCUGUCUUAACAUGGAAAUUCAUUGUUGGAGUCACUGAAAAUGUCUGUCUUAACGUGGACAGUCAUUAUUGGAGUCACUGAAAAUUUCCUUAUCUUACACAGAGACAGUCAUUUCUGGAGUAAUGGAAAAUAUCCUCAUCUUACACAUGGACAGCCAUGCCAUCUUACACAUUGUCACUGAAUAUGUCUAUGUUAACAGGGACAGUCAUUGUUGAAGUCAUUGAAAAUGUCUCCAUUUUAAAACAGAUGCAGAAAAUCACUGAAAAGUGGAGUCGCUGAAAAUGCUUCCAUCUUCUUUGGGCUAUAAUUCUAGCUCUUUUUGUAAAUCUGACCCUUGAUGACAUUUUGUUUAUUAAUUCAAUACAAGCCAAAA